ACUGCAAAAAUAAUGGAGAUUAAAAUCGUGAGCGGGAAGUACCGAAUCAUAAAACGCCUGGGGAGCGGGUCCUUCGGGGAGAUCUAUUACGGGCAGACUGCCAAGGGGCAGGACGUCGCCAUCAAGCUCGAGAACGCCAUGGCCAAAGUGCCCCAGCUCAUGAACGAGGCCCGCAUUUACAAGCACCUCCAUAGCGAGGCAACCCUUUAGGACAAAGGCAUCCCCCAGCUCUUCCACGCUGGGCUGGAGGGCGAGUUCAACCUCAUGGUGCUGGAGCUCAUGGGUAAGACCCUCGACGAGCGUUUGGAAGAACACAAGGCCUUCAGCCUGCCGACGACGCUGCUGCUGGCCCAUCAGCUGCUGCGCAGGGUCGAGUUCAUCCACGAGAAGGGCAUCGUGCACCAGGACCUCAAGCCCGAGAAUUUCGCGAUGGGGCUCGGCAAGAAGGCCUGUCGAGUGUACAUCUUCGAUUUCGGGCUGGCCAAGAAAUACCGGCAUGGCGGGAAGCACAUCCCCUACCGCGAGGGGCACAGCCUCUGCGGGACUGCGCGCUACGCCUCGAUCAACAACCACCUGGGCGUCUAACAGACCCGCCGCGACGACAUCGAGUCUCUUAUCUAUGUGUUCGUUCACUUCCUGCGGGGCAGGCUGCCCUGGCAAGGGCUCAAGGCCGACUCUGCUGAGAAGAAGUACUAGCUGAUCAAGGAGCGCAAGCAGGCCAGCCCGGAAGAGCUGUGCAAGGGACUGCCGCGGGUCUUGGGACAGUGGCUCAAGCAGGCGCGGCUGAUGCGGUUCGACGAGGCCCCCGGCUACGGUGGGAUGAAGGGCGAGCUGGACGAACUAAUGCGGGAGUGCAAGGUGGGGAAGGACGCCCCCUUCGACUGGGAGAAGUGA